AUGCUUUCUGCAAUGCCCGUUCAAGAAUCUUCUGAAAAACAAGAAGAGCCCACAAGAGGAAAUCAUGGAAACAUAUCAUUUCAAGCGUCAGCAAUAUCGGCAUUUCUUGUUCUUUUCUCUUUCAUGCUAGUUCUUUUGGGUGUCGAAUAUGCGAAUCUAUAUUCCAGCCACGACAAUCUGUCGAACUACAAAGGAAGCGGUGUUGUGUAUCCGCCAGUCGUCCUCCUCAUAUCGGGAUUGUGCAUGCUAUGCAUGGGACUCGGAGGACUUACCCUCGGAAUUACCGCUGUGUUGUUGAACGUCAAGAGCAAAGGUUUUACCAUCUUUGUGUUGUCUUUACAAGGAGUUUUUGGAAUCUUUACAUUAGCUGCCAUGAUGUUUGGAACUUGGGCAUUCGAGGCCAAAUUAUACUCCUCAAACCCGUCAGUUGUCAAGUUUGAAAUGAUGUGCAUGCUGUAUAUGAUAGCCAAUGGCACAGCGCUGCUCAGUGGGCAGUUCUGUCUGACCCUUCACUUCUACAAACAGGAUUUCAAGAAAGAGCCUACCGAAGCCUUCAGUAACGCCGUGCUGAGAGGGCUCGUUGUAUUUUACAGCUUCCUGGUGCUGUUGAAAGGAUGCAGCGAGAUGGCGAUUGCCGUGUUGAUGAGAGAAGCAUCGGUCCCCGUCACGACUGCGGCGCCUUUCUUCGUCAGCAGAAGAGACCUUGUGUUAGCAGACGGAGUCUUCACAAUGCUGUUAGGACUUUACGGCAUCGUCGUUGGUGCGGCUGGUCUGUUUCAACAAAAGGCGUUGUUCGUUGUUCUGCACAUUUUCAGCUUUGUGUUCCAGCUUGCCCUGUAUGACCUUGCACAGUAUGGAGACUUUCCAGUGGGAGUGCUCUCAACGCAGUUGCUGAAAUUCUCCCUUAAGCUUCAAGGCGUGGAGACUGCUUGCUGGACAGCAGCAGUAUUGCUCAUCCCGGCUUACUUUGCUGCCAUGAUGGACGAUCCUUCGGUCCUCUAG